GUUUAGUUUCCAUUUCUUAAGUUUCGGUUUCUGAGCGCUCGGCAUCUGAUUCAAUUUCCAGUUUCCUGUUCUUGCUGGGGCUCUGGUCUGUCCUUUAACAAAGACACGCCGCGCGGCCGAGGCCCAGGGCUGCAGAGGCCUGGCGCGCGGGCGCGCACGCGCACGCGCACGCCCACCGCGCGGCUUCCCGCGGUCCCUGGUGCUGAGGAGAGAGAGAGCCCGGGGACUGCGCCGCCCGGACGGCCUGCAGAGCGCUGCCGUCAUGAGUGAAAUUCAUAAGGACACCUUGAAGGCCAUUCUGUUGGAGUUAGAAUGUCAUUUUACAUGGAAUUUACUUAAGGAAGACAUUGAUCUGUUUGAGGUAGAAGAUACAAUUGGGCAACAGCUUGAAUUUCUUACCACAAAAUCUAGACUUGCUCUUUAUAACCUAUUGGCCUAUGUGAAACACCUAAAAGGCCAAAAUAAAGACGCCCUUGAGUGCUUGAAACAAGCAGAAGAAAUAAUCCAGCAAGAACACUCAGACAAAGAAGAAGUACGAAGCCUGGUCACUUGGGGAAACUAUGCCUGGGUGUAUUAUCACAUGGACCAGCUUGAAGAAGCUCAGAAGUAUACAGGUAAGAUAGGGAAUGUCUGUAAGAAAUUGUUCAGUCCUUCUAACUACAAGUUGGAGUGUCCUGAGACUGACUGUGAGAAAGGCUGGGCACUCUUGAAAUUUGGAGGAAAGUAUUAUCAAAAGGCUAAAGCGGCUUUUGAGAAGGCUCUGGAAGUGGAGCCUGACAAUCCAGAAUUUAACAUCGGCUAUGCUAUCACAGUGUAUCGGCUGGAUGAUUCUGAUAGAGAAGGGUCUGUAAAGAGCUUUUCUCUGGGGCCUUUGAGAAAGGCUGUUACCCUGAACCCAGAUAACAGCUACAUUAAGGUUUUUCUGGCACUGAAGCUUCAAGAUGUACAUGCAGAAGCUGAAGGGGAAAAGUAUAUUGAAGAAAUCCUGGACCAAAUAUCAUCCCAGCCUUACGUCCUUCGUUAUGCAGCCAAGUUCUAUAGGAGAAAAAAUUCCUGGAACAAAGCUCUCGAACUUUUAAAAAAGGCCUUGGAGGUGACACCAACUUCCUCUUUCCUGCAUCACCAGAUGGGACUUUGCUACAGGGCACAAAUGAUCCAAAUCAAGAAGGCCACACACAACAGACCUAAAGGAAAGGAUAAACUAAAGGUUGAUGAGCUGAUUUCAUCUGCUAUAUUUCAUUUCAAAGCAGCCAUGGAACGAGACUCUAUGUUUGCAUUUGCCUACACAGACCUGGCCAACAUGUAUGCUGAAGGAGGCCAGUAUAGCAAUGCUGAGGACAUUUUCCGGAAAGCUCUUCGUCUGGAGAACAUAACCGAUGAUCACAAACAUCAGAUCCAUUACCACUAUGGCCGCUUUCAGGAAUUUCACCGUAAAUCAGAAAAUACUGCCAUCCAUCAUUAUUUAGAAGCCUUAAAGGUCAAAGACAGAUCACCCCUUCGCACCAAACUGACAAGUGCUCUGAAGAAAUUGUCUACCAAGAGACUUUGUCACAAUGCUUUAGAUGUGCAGAGUUUAAGUGCCCUAGGGUUUGUUUACAAGCUGGAAGGAGAAAAGAGGCAAGCUGCUGAGUACUAUGAGAAGGCACAAAAGAUAGAUCCAGAAAAUGCAGAAUUCCUGACUGCUCUCUGUGAGCUCCGACUUUCCAUUUAAAUACAUACUCUAGGAAAUUAGCUCUAAGUUUUUCCCUUCAUUUUGGGUUCUCCUGUUUGUUUUUUUUUUUAUUGUUUUAAUCCCUUGUUUAUUAUAGAGCUAAUAUUUAUUGAAUAGUUAUUGUGUACCAAGCAUUGUGCUAAAUACUUUAUAUGCAUUAUGAUGAAUCUUGUGCGGUUUUCUUUCUUUUUUUCUUUUUAAUUAAAAUACUAUAAUCCAUUGAGAAAUAGCAAUAUUCUAGCUAUUGUAACUUCUAAAAAUGGUAUGGCCGUUAGAUCUGUGCUUUUUAUCUCUGCUCUUUGAAUUUCUUAUAUUAUAUAGUAAAUAUUCCUACGUAAACCUUUGAUACCUAGAUCAGGAAUACUCUUCCAGGAGUACAAAAUUACAUUAUUGAUAGUUAAGCUCUUAAUUGUGUAGCUUGCAAAAGACAGCACUUUUUAGUUACAGAUGUUUUGACUUUGAUGAGGAUAUUUAGCUAUCAAUCUAAUAGUCACCUAAAAUAUCUUUUUGGUUGGAAAAAAGUUUAUAAUAAAAAAGUUUGUCAUCUCUAGUGACUUCAAUAAAAGAAAAAACUAGAAGAGGAGAAAAAGGAUUUCCUCAAAUUUUAAAUAUGUAACUUCAGGGAUUCAAUCCCCAAAUGUUUAUUAAGUAACUAGAAAUAAUUAGGUGGAAAAAAAUGAAUAAUGGAAAAUAGUGAGUCUCAAAUUGUUCUCUUUUUUUUUUAACUAAAACAAAUCUGCAAUGAAUCUAGAUGCAAUUAAUUUUAUUCCUUCCAACUAAAAUUACAAUAUUUUUAGGUUAAAAUUAUUGAGAUAUAAAGCAGCCAUUGGGAAAUUGGGAGAAAUGAUAAACAAAUGGAAAAAGAAGAUGUCCCUAACCUACACCCAUAGAUUACCAAGGUUUCAGUGUACUAGUUUUGAAUCUGUUCUGAAUGGAGUUUUUAUACCCUCAAUUUCUGGCCUUUGGCUAUUUUAGCAUUUCAAAGUGACUUCUAUGAAGCUUUUUUUUUAAUGUGAAAUUUUCAGAAUGUUGUUUUUUUCAUGUAGAUACUCCAGGAAGAGUUCAGCACUGCUUUCAGUUUUAAUAUCCACCUUGAGGGGUCGCUUCUUGAGGGCUCUUAUCCCAGGGGACUUUUUAAUUCGGAUGUUACUUAAUGUGGCUUCUCUAAUGUAGUUUCUUUGAUUACCGACUACACAAUUAUGUACCAUCACAGUAUUAGUGGAAAAGUACCAUGUGAUUUAAUUCUCCAUUCCUCCAAUGUAACUCUUAAAAUUAUUAUGUGUGUGUGUGUGUGUGUUUUACUUUUUGUUUUUUAUCAUCUUUAAAAUUUCUAUUAUGGUUUGAUUAUUAUAAAAAUAAUGAAUUCUCACUGUAAAUUUCAAAAAAAAAAUUACAAAAGUAUGUGAAUUUAAAAAUGAGAGCAGUCCCCUCACCCUACCACAGUUCCACACCCUCAAAGUAAACUUAUAACUUAUAAUUUGA